AUGCCUACAGAGAAGCACGUUGGUGGAAUACAGCUGUAUCUAUACGAUGACGUCGCAAAUGCUGCUUCGAAACCAAUAGUUGUUGUGUUUCUUCUCCACGGUCGAGGCCAAUCUCACAAAGACGUUCACUCUCUCGCCAACAGGAUUACAGCAAGCAAUCAAAAUCCAGACAGAAAAGCACACAUUAUUGUGUGCGCAUUUGAUCAACGAAACCAUGGAAGUCGUACUGUCGACGCAAAUGCAAACGAGACUUGGAAUAAGAACAAGACUCAUGCUCAAGAUAUGUUCUCUGUGCACUAUGGCACGGCCAAAGACGUCUCAUAUCUUGUUGAUGUCUUGCCAAUGAACUUGGGCGUGGAAAUCUCAAAGUUUGUGGUAGCUGGAAUAAGCUUAGGAGGACAUGCUACACUUCACGCCAUGAUACAAGAACCACGACUCGCUCUGGGAGUAUGUAUAAUAGGAUGUGGUGACUUCUUGAACCUAAUGUCCCAUCGAGCAGGCAAAAUGCAAAAGUACCUUACUUCUCCAGAAAGCUGGCCUCCAUCGCCAGUGUUUUUGAAAGCACUCGAGCAACUAGAUCCAGUGCAUAACGUCCCCAAGUUUGCCGGUCGUCCACUGCUUUUCUUGACGGGAGCAGAAGAUCCAUUGGUACCUCCUGCAUGCUCUCAGAAGUUUGUUGACAAAAUGAGGGCGUCGUAUGCAGCGAUGAGACGUGCUGAUGAUUUUGUAUUUGAUAUGGAACCCAACGCAAAACAUGAAGUCACGAAACUUAUGGCCGAAAGAACGUGUAAAUGGAUAUGGAAGUAUGCUGGUAUCUUGCCUGAUUCUAAACUAUAG